AGUAAAAAGUGUUUCUGUAUGAAUGGAAGCUCAGUUUGAACCUGCUAACUGUAAGCAAAUAAUGCAGAAUUUGCAUGAGUUGAAGUUUUAGCAUUACUAAAAAAAGAAGGCUUGAUUAACCAGCUGCUCUAUUCAAUAGCAAGUGGAAUGUUCUCAGAAUGGUCAGAAAUGCUGUGAAAUUUAAUUUUAGGCAAUGUAAUACUAAGGGAUGACUUUUUAGUGUAGACUGGGGAUUGGAUGACUCCUGUUGGAGCACAGUGCAAAGCAAAGUAUUUUAGUUAUUGCUUGAUCUUAAUUGGCAUGUGGAUGGUUGUUCAAAUUAUUUUGCAGAACCUUCCUGUAAGUAUAGACACAGCUAUGCUAUUAGUGUUCAUACUGUAACACCAAAACUAAGACAGUGAAGGGAUUAAAAUUCUUACUGAUAUCAAGGAGACUAUUUAAAUCUUAAAUCCUCUUAAGUAUAUUGGAAAGAUGAUUGUAUUGUAUGAGGGGAAAUUUAAGAUUUUGAGACUCACAGGAAAUGUUUUCAUAUGAUUGUCACCUCAGCAGUAGUCAUAAAUCAAAUAGAAUAUAAAACCUCAUGUAGUGGAAUGACAUGGUUUUUAUCAUGGUUACACACUUGGAAUGUUGUUUCGUAAGACACAGUGGAAGACAAGAAUGCUUCAGCCUGGAAAAAAUGUGGGAGGGAAAGAGACUCUUGCGAACACCAAGGCUCAUAUGAGGCGGCUGAGUGAGAAAUUAACAUUAUUUUCCAGUAGAAGAGUUGGAAAUCAUCACAUGAAUACAUCUGGAGACAGAUUCAGAGAAUCAUAGAGUACCAGGUUGGAAGGGACCUCAACAAUCAUGGUCCAACCUUUCCUGGCAAAAGCACAGCCUAUACAAGAUGGCCAGCACUCUGUCCAGGUGUCGAGAAACUAGAGUACAUGUUGAUGAAGCCUUAUUUCCUGUGGUAGCUGCUAAUGAAGAAUUGCCACAACCAGUCAAAAAACACAAAUGUAUGCAGCCGAAAGACUUUGUUGAAAAAACUCCAGAAAAUGAUAGAAAGUUGCAGAAAAGAUUGGACCAGAUGGCUAAAGAAUUAGCCAUACAGAAGAUAGCAGUUAAUGCUGAAAUUGAUGUACCAGUUCUAUUAUUUGAAGACAAUGGUUCACUUGUAUACAGCCCUGUUAAUAAGGUGAAAGAUCAAUACAGUGCAAUGGAAAGAAGAAUAAAGGAGAUGAAGGAAAAAAGAGAAAAUAUUUCUCCUACUGCUUCACAAAUGCCUCAGAUACUUCCAAGUAGUUCACCAGGAGACUGUCUGCUGCCUACUUGUGUCUUAACUAAUUCAGAAGAUGCAUUGUUACCAGGAGAACAAAUGGAAGACUGCUUGAACUCAAGCUUUGAUUGUCUUUGGGGAGCUGAUAAAUUAAAGAGACAGAAAACAGAGGUAGUAAAACCUGCCUGUGAUAGUUGGACUGAUAAUCCUAUAGCCAUGAUUGUGUCAGUGAAUUCUCCCUCACAAAGCUAUGAGCAGACUUGCUUAACACCAAAACAACGUAGCAAAAGCAGCUUAAGAAAAAAGCAGCUUUUUCAGCAUACUUUGGAUGAUAAAAUGCCUUUAGAAAAGAAAGAUACAGAAAAGUUCCUGAAUAAAAAUCAGGAUGAAAAUAGCAAGACUACUUCAGUUGCAAAUGAAAGUACUCUUAUCAAAAUAAAGGGCUUGGGUCAUCUUUCUCCUUCCAAAAAAAUGGCCAAGUUAAGUAAUGUUGCUGCUGUGAUUGACAGUCUCUCUAAUGCACCUAUGAGCAGCAUAAACUUAAGUAAGUGUUCACUGGAUAGACGCUUCCCUGUUUACAGAAACAAUUGUAUCCUUAAAGACAAGAAGAGGAAAAAAUUAGAAAUACUACCUAGUUUGAAACUGGCUACCUCAGAACUGGGUGCAUCAGGGUCUAAAGACUUCUGGCAAGCAGGUAGUACAGGUAGCAAGUCUUUUAGCUCUGAAGAGGCUUCUUAUGAAGAGGAUUCUUAUGAAGACUUCUUUUCAUCAUUUAACUUGAACAAAAAUGAAGUACAGAUACAAGUACCAAAGGAGUCACAGAAUCCUCCUGAAAUUUCUUGCAAAGACUCUUUUGCAAGCAUGGACUCGCUUGGUUUGAGUUUCUGUAAGCCACGUAGUACUUCCAAGGAAAGUGGGAAAAGGUCUAUUUCCACAAAUGAUCUUUCAGUAAAGGAAAACUUAAAACCAGCUGAGAAUUCUGGAAGUGUGCCAUUAAAUUAUAUGUCACCUGGUGAAAAAGAUGACACUGCAGAAGCUCUAGAUUCUGAUGAUGUGAAUAGGCUGCCUCAGCAUGCUUAUGAAAAAUCCUACACAACCAAUAUGAAUUGCAGUACUUACACUAAUGGUGAUGAAAAUCAAGUUUCAGAGUGUCCUGCUACUGAUGGCUGUUGCAGGAAGUUUAAUGAACAAAAGAAUAAGAACAAUGGUGGGUUAAGAAAAAGAAGAAGACUCCAACAGCCAACAAGGACACUAGUUAUGACAAGUAUGUCUCCUGAGAAGCAAAAUACAGUAAUUCAAGUGGUGAAUAAACUUGGAGACUUUUUGUUCUCAGAUGACGUGUGUGAAUCAACAAGUCAUGUAGUUACAGGGAGUCCUCGUCGUACCUUGAAUGUUAUGCUGGGAAUUGCUCGUGGGUGUUGGAUUGUUUCUUAUGAAUGGGUUCUGUGGUCUUUGGAAUUGGGCCAUUGGAUCUCAGAGGAACCAUAUGAGCUUUCAUCCAGCUUUCCUGCAGCUCCUGUCUGCAGACUUCAGCGUCACCUAUCCACAGGAAAAUACCAGCAGAAUCUCUUUUCAAACCAGCCUGUCAUGUUUGUAUCUCCUACCAGUCAGCCACCCUGCGAAAAGCUAAUUGAACUUAUACAGCUGUCAGGAGGGAAAGUAUGUAACGCCCUACGUCAGGCAAAGAUCUGUAUAGGAAAAAAAACAGGGAAGAAGUACCAGGCAAUAAAAUGUUUAUCAGAAAAAUGGGUAUUAGAUUCAAUCACUCAGCAUACAAUAUGUCCCAUGGAAAACUACAUUUUUCAGCUGUGAGCUAACUCAAGAGCUUCCAUAUGGUUGCAGGAAAACAAGCCUAGUUUGGAUUCAACAAUAAGAAAAAUCAGCUGUAAAUAAAAUUUCUAAGAAAAUGCAAAUUACAUAUUUAUAAAUACAAGGAAAUGUUUUCUACAUUUUUAAUACUUGUGUAAGUGUGUCUAAGUGUUCAUCUUGUGAAAUCUGUCGGUUUUUACAAUAAAGUAGUUCACUAAUAAAAAUUAUCUUGACCUCGUUUUUA